AUGAAAAUAUUACCUGAUGAACUUUACAGCCAGUCCCAAAUCGGCUAUACAGCAGGUGCCAUUUCUUUUAACCAGUAUGUUCUUACUCUUCAGAUCCCUGUGAGCAAUAGCAGGUUUGCCCUGAGUGCCAAAGAUCUCCGUGUGGAGAGAUCCGUUUUCAUGGUAGUCAGUGAUAAGAUAGAGCUGGGUCCAAGAGCCAGUUCCUUUGAUAUCUGCAGCGAUGAAUCCUGUGAAGGGAUGGACUUUACUAAACAAUUAGAUGGAUUCUGCCAGGCAUUGAAACAAGUUUUUCCUGAGGACUUCAAAGGACAGCAGUGGGAGGAAGGAAGCUCAGAGGACAUGGUUCAGAGGGCUCAGCUUGUAAAAACACUGCUCCCAGCAUAUCAGUUUGGAUAUAAAAGUAGUGAGCACGAUCACUUUAUUAAAUCUACAGACAGCAGCCCACCUCCAACAGAAUCUGGCAUGAUUCAAGAUCAGUGUGCAGAUCAAAGGUCAGGGGAGCAGCUGUAUUAUGGAAAAGAAAUGCCUUUGUGCUGGAACAGACUAGCAGGUUGCUGGACUCUGGAGGCUGAGAGGCCUUGGCCUAAUUUCCAGCUAUACGCCAAAGUGCCGGUGAUCUGGGCCAGAAUCCUGAAGGACCGGGACUGGGUGGUUCCUAAAAUCUUGAAAGUGGUUCAUGCCCUCCGUGGAGAUGCCGUCGAUGGAAAGAACCAG